AUGGCAUCUCGUGUCUCGCCUCUCAUGACGCUCUUGGCGACGAUUUUUCUCUUCGCCACGAAUGUUUUCGCAAUUUCCGCUGUGUUGGGUGUCGACCUCGGUACCGAAUACAUCAAGGCCACUCUCGUCAAGCCCGGUAUUCCCCUUGAGAUUGUCCUGACAAAGGACUCUCGCCGAAAAGAAACCUCCGCCGUCUGCUUCAAGCCUUCCCGAAAUGGACCUCAGAAGGGCGAAUAUCCCGAGAGAGCCUACGGCGCCGAUGCCAUGGCUCUCGCCGCUCGAUUCCCUAGCGACGUUUACCCCAACCUCAAAACUAUCCUCGGCCUAACCACUGAAGACUCUGUGGUAAAGGAGUACGCCGCUAGACACCCCGCGCUGCAAUUGCAGUCCCAUCCUACUCGAAACACGGCUUCUUUCAAGAGCGGGUCUUUCACCGAGGACGAGGAGGCCUGGAUGGUUGAGGAAUUGCUCGCUAUGGAGCUGCAGAGCAUUCAGAAGAACGCAGAAGUCGCCGCUGGCGAUGGAUCCAGCGUCCGUUCUAUUGUUCUUACUGUCCCUCCCUUCUACACCAUUGAUGAGAAGCGCGCCGUUCAAACUGCCGCCGAACUUGCUGGCCUGAAGGUCCUAGGACUUCUCAGCGACGGUCUUGCCGUUGGUCUGAAUUACGCUACUACUCGGGAGUUUCCCAACGUCAGCAACGGAUCUAAGCCUGAAUACAAUAUCAUAUUCGAUAUGGGCGCCGGCUCUACCAAGGCUACUGUCAUGAAGUUCCAAGGCCGAACAAUUAAGGAUAUCGGCAAGUUCAAUAAGACGGUCCAGGAGGUUCACGUCAUCGGUGCCGGUUGGGAUCGUACUCUUGGUGGAGAUUCCUUGAACUACCUCAUUGUGGAUGACAUGGUCAAGCAAUUCGUUGAGUCCAAGGCUGCUCAGAAGGCUUCCGUUGCCGCCGAGAGCGUCAAGGCCCACGGUCGUGCCAUCGCGAAGCUCACCAACCAAGUUGAAAAGGUUCGCCAUGUAUUGAGUGCCAACCAGAACACUGGAGCCAGCUUUGAGGGCUUGUACGAUGACAUCGACUUCAGGUACAAGAUCACUCGCGCUCAAUUCGAAGAGAUGGCUUCUGAGCACGCUGAAAGAAUCACUGUUGUGAUCAACGAUGCCCUCAAGGCCGCUAACCUCGACAUCAUUGAUAUCGACUCUAUCAUUCUACACGGCGGUGCCUCUCGUACUCCCUUUGUCCAGAAGGUUCUGGAGAAGCUCUCUGGUUCUACGGACAAGAUUCGAUCCAACGUCAACUCUGACGAGGCUGCUGUUUUCGGUGCUGGUUUCCGCGCUGCUGAGCUUAGCCCUAGCUUCCGUGUUAAGGAGAUUAGAAUCUCAGAGCCUGGCUUCUACUCCUCUGGUGUGAAGUGGGAGACAAAGGAGGGCAAGGCUCACCACCAGCGACUUUGGUCUGCCGUUUCUCCCCAGGGCGCCACCCCUAAGGAGCUUACAUUCACCAAUGGCGAAGACUUCACUGCUACAUUCUACCAACAAAUUGGCUCUAGUGAGAAGGACGUCAAGACCUUGACUACGAAGAACCUGACUGCAACUAUCGCUGCUAUCAAGCAAAAGUACCCAUCGUGUGUUGAAUCGGAGAUUCAGUUCAAGCUUGGUGUAAAGCUCAGCAACGAAAACGGCGAGGUUCAGGUUGCCAAGGCCGCUGUUGAGUGCGAAGCUGAGGUCAAGGAAGGCCUCGUCGAUGGUGUCAAGAACCUUUUUGGUUUUGGAAAGAAGGACCAGAAGCCUCUGAAGGAGGGUUCUGAAGGGUCCGAAGAGGAGAUGAAGGAUGGCAAGUCUUCAUCUUCUACCACUUCUUCUGAAUCUUCUACUACUUCCGAGGCCGACACCACUUCUUCUGGAAGCACCGAGGAGGCUAAGCCCGAGAUCAAGAAGCGUGAGAUUGUUGGUAUUCCUGUCGAGGUUGUCGUGGAGGACCUCGGCAUUCCAGGCCUUACUAAGGCGGAGAUCUCCAAGUCCAAGGAUCGUCUCAAGUCCUUUGCUGCUUCCGACAAGGCACGCCUUCAGCGGGAGGAAGCUCUCAACCAGCUCGAGGCAUUUACAUACAAGAUUAGGGAUCUUCUUGAGGGCGAUGCUUUCGUUGAGGCUUCUAGCGAGAAGGAGAGAACCAAAUUGGCUGAUCUCUCCAGCGAGACGAGUGACUGGCUUUACGCUGACGGUGCGGAGGCUACGAAGGAUGCUCUCAAGUCCAAGCUCAAAGUUCUGAGGGAUCUUGUCGCUCCGAUCCAAAAGAGAGUUGAGGAGUCCGAGAAGCGUCCCGAGCUUACUACUUCAUUGAAGGAGUCUCUGGAACGAACUUCUGAGUUCCUUAACAAGAUUAAGGAGCAAAUUGCUGAGCACGAGAGCUGGCACAAGUCUGCUUCCGAGUUGGCAUCUGCAUCUUCGUCAACUGACUCGUCCAGUACAGAGGCUGCUGGAGAGAAGGCCACCGGUGAAUUCGACGGACUCGAGGACGAAGACAGCGCAGCUGCGACAGCCCGCAAGAUGGAGGACGUUAUCAAGGAGAAGGGGCCGAUUCCUCCCCUCUACACGCUGGAGGAUCUCAAGGAGGCUUCCGACCUUUACAAGUCCACCCAAGAUUGGCUGAACGAGCUUGAGCCUAAGCAGGCUAAGUUGGCUGCCAAUGCGGACCCUGUGCUCCUCGUCAAGGAUCUCAAGGCCAAGCGUGACAAGCUCGAGAAGGUCAGCAUGGAGGUCGCCCUCAAGGGUGCCAGGAAGGUUGAGGAGAAAAACCGACAGGCUAAAAAGGCUGCAAAGGAAGCCAAGAAGGGCAAGGGUAAGAAGAGUAAGACGACGAGCGGAGAGCCAUCACAAGAGCCACUUCAGUUCAACGCUGAGGAUUUCAUGAAGGAUGGUGAGAUUGACCAGGAGCAGCUUGAGAAGCUGAUCAACAACAUGAAGAAGGAGAACGAGAAGAAGGACGGCGGGGAGAAGAAGCAGACACAUGACGAACUAUAG